AAAAACACUUAGGACGAGGGAAAACUAGCAUAUUUUUGAACCCUAAAAUUGGCUUUGCUCAGUUUCUCUGCAAAAUUGCGAGAAAGGAGAAGCCAUGGCGAAGAACAAGAAGGAUAUUAUAAGGCUGGAAAGGGAAUCUGUUAUUAAAACAAUGAAGCCCAAGCUUAAUAUGAAAUUGGCUUAUUUGAUAGAAUUGUCUUCAGACAAGACAGAGUUUUUGAAGCUCUGUAAGAGGAUUGAAUACACAAUUCGUGCUUGGUAUCAUUUGCAAUUUGAAGACUUGAUGCAAUUAUACUCGCUGUUUGAUCCUCUCUAUGGUGCUGAAAAGUUGGAACAACAAAAGUUGUCCCCGGGGGAGAUUGAUGACCUUGAGCAGAGUUUAUUGACGUACUUAUUCCAGGUGAUGGAGAAGAGCAAUUUUAAGAUAGUUACUGAUGAUGAGAUAGAUGUUGCUCGCACAGGACAAUACCUUCUGAAUCUUCCAAUAGCAGUUGAUGAAUCUAAGCUGGAUAGGAAGCUCUUGUCACGGUACUUCAGUGAACAUCCCUAUGAAAAACUCCCAGAAUUUGCAAACAAGUAUAUUAUAUUCCGUCGCGGCAUUGGGAUUGAUCAAACUAGUGAUUAUUUUAUAAUGGAGAAGUUGGACAUGAUCAUCUCACGCAUUUGGGGUUGGUUUCUUCGAGUUACCAGGCUACAAAAGGUUUUGUCCAAGAAGCCAAGUCGGCGACUACAUAAAGAUUACAAAAAGACUGAUGAAAUAAGGGAGGAUGCAGAACAGGAUGAUCUGUGGGUUGAGCGCAUCCGUAUCGAGAACAUGGAUAUCAGCAUGAAGAACCUACUUAGUAAGAUCACAAUACAAGAACCCACUUUUGAUCGGAUGAUUGUUAUUUAUAGGAGGGCAGGCAGUAAGACUCAAACUGACCGAGGAAUAUAUGUCAAGCAUUUUAAAAACAUUCCAAUGGCUGAUAUGGAACUAGUCCUGCCAGAGAAGAAAAACCCCAGUUUAACCCCUAUGGAUUGGGUCAAAUUUCUUAUCUCAGCAGUUCUUGGAUUGGUUACCCUUGUUGGUUCUCUUGAAAUGCCAAAGGCUGAUAUUUGGGUCACAAUAGCUGUCCUUUCUGGUCUUAUUGGAUAUUGCGCUAAGAUUUAUUUUACAUUCCAGCAGAACAUGGUGGCAUACCAGAACUUAAUUACAAAAUCAAUGUACGAUAAGCAGCUGGACAGUGGAAAAGGAACCCUUCUUCAUUUGUGUGAUGAUGUCAUUCAGCAAGAAGUCAAAGAGGUGAUCAUAUCAUUCUUUAUUCUAAUGGAGCAGGGUAAAGCUACAAUCGAAGAUCUUGAUCAAAGAUGUGAAGAGCUAAUGGACUCAGAGUUUGGUGAAAAGUGCGACUUCGAUGUGGUCGAUGCAGUUCAGAAGCUGGAGAAACUUGGUAUUGUGGCUCGGGAUUCCGUGGGAAGAAUCUACGGUGUUGGAUUGAAGCGUGCGAAUGAGAUCAUUGGAACCACCACAGAAGAAAUCGUUUUGAAGGCUUCACAAGGUGCUUCAUAAUCAGUUUGGAGUUGCAGGUUUCUGUCUCUGUCUUUCUCUCUCUCGUGUUCACGUUACAGUAAUUACCAGAAGGGAUAUGUGGUAGCCAUUGAUGGCGCUCAUGUAUCAUUCUUUUGUUGUAUAAUGUGAAUAUUGGGAUAUCAGAAGAAUGUAUAAAAUAUUUCAUCUGGCUUGGCAUCUCUUUAAAAUUGUCCAUGGGCAACAUUAAGGAGAGCCUUUCUCUAAGCGUCUACAA